AUGGCUGGUCUGCCGGAGACGGCGGUGCAGAGCGAGGGCGAGAUCAUGGGGGAGAAAGAGUGCGCGGUAUGCCUGGGAGCUUACGAAGCCAGCGACACGGUCAGGACCUUGCCCUGCUCGCACGGCUUCCACGAGCGCUGCAUCUUCCAGUGGCUCCGGGUCAGCCGCCUCUGCCCGCUCUGCCGCUUCGCGCUGCCGGCGGCGGCCGAGGAAACGGAGUCAUUCGCGGAUGAGGAAGAUGAUGACGAUGAUGGCGAGGAAGAUGACGACAAUGGCGAUGGCGAGGAAGAUCACGACGAUACAUUGGAAUCAAUACAAUUCUGUUUUUGUAAUGUAAAAAUAUGA